AUGCUGGUAAAACAAUUCGGGCGAUGGCUUUGGCAUAUAAUGGGCGGCAGUGAGACUCAAGUCUGUUUCUCUCUUCUGAUAUUCGUCAGUGUUACACUGGUGACCUAUUUCCUAUAUUUGAAAUAUAACCGUACCUUGAGAUAUAAAUUACCUCCUGGUCCAUGGGGACUGCCGUUUUGUGGCUACAUACCCUUCAUCAAAGGAGCUGUACACCUGCAUUUCAAUGAGCUGGCCAAGAAGUACGGUGGAAUAUUUAGCGUUAACAUCGGUUCCGAGUUGACCGUCGUUAUCAGCGAUUAUCUCAUCAUACGCGAUUCAUUUCGACGUGAGGAGUUUACUGGCAGACCACGUAACGACUUCAUGAACAUCAUCGAUGGAUACGGUGUCGUUAAUACGGAAGGUGCUCUGUGGAAGGAUCAGAGGAAAUUUGUUCAUAAUAAUCUUAAAAAGUUCGGUAUGAACUUCUAUAGCCCCAAAAAUAUGGAAUCAAAGAUCAUGCACGAAGUCGAGAUAUUUCUUAAGAGAUUGGUAAUGAGACGUGGAGCGCCCACAACCCUAACGUCCUCUCUCGCUGUAUCGAUCAGUAAUGUAAUCUGCUCGGUUAUAAUGGGAAUACGUUUCUACCAUGGCGAUCCGAAAUUCGAGAGGUUUAUGAAUCUCAUUAACGAAGGAUUCAAACUGUUUGGUAAAGUGACGUUAGCGAAUCAUAUACCGAUAUUGCGUCACUGUCCGUGGAUUAAUAACAUCCAACAUAAAAUCGAAAGAAAUCGAUCGGAAAUGGCUGAAUUCUUUCAAGAAGUUAUCAAUGAGCAUAAAGCAACGUAUAACAACAAUAACAUUAAUGAUAUUCUCGAUGCCUAUCUGUAUGAAAUUCAGAAAGCUGAGGAAGAAAAUAGAGAAGAUCAGCUUUUUGAGGGGAAAGAUAAUGUUCGUCAAAUGCAACAAGUUCUGGGCGAUCUCUUCUCCGCGGGUAUGGAAACGGUGAAGAAUACUCUGGAAUGGUCGAUAAUUUUCAUGUUGCAUUAUCCAGAAGCAGCAAAAGCAGUACAGGAUGAAUUGGAUCAAAUUGUAGGAAGAUCAAGAUUACCCUCAUUGGACGAUCGUCAAUUUCUUCCGAUCACUGAGGCGACAAUUCUAGAAGUUCUUCGCAGAUCCAAUCUUGUACCACUUGGUACUAUGCACGCUACUACACGGGAUGUGAUGUUAAAUGACUAUAUGAUACCAGCCGGUACCAGCGUGGUAUCGUUGUUGUAUGCGGUGCAUAUGGAUCCUGAACUCUGGGACGAGCCGGAAGCCUUCCGACCCAGCCGUUUUCUCUCUGCCGAAGGUAAAGUGUCACAGCCACAAUUCUUCAUGCCCUUUGGAGUCGGUAGACGAAAGUGCCUGGGUGAGGUGUUGGCCCGCAUGGAGAUCUUCCUAUUCUUCAGUUCGCUAAUGCACAUGUUUAACUUGAGCCUACCUGAAGGAGCCCCAUUGCCCAGCCUGGAAGGCAACAUUGGCGUAACAAUAUCACCGACAUCCUUUAAAGUUUGCUUGCUGCAGAGAGAUCUGCUUUUGGCAGAUUGCGACAACAACGAAGUCUCGGUCAAUGGACCCUUGCGUAACAUUGGCAGCCAUUAAGACCUCGACGAACUUUAAAGCACGGGCACGGUACUUGUUCCUAUUGCCGGAGAGGCGAACAGGCAGAGGAGAAUCUGCAAGUCGCGUGCUAACGCUAUGGGGUCCAUCCACGCAUGCCAAGCUGGAGAUCCGUAAGAUUAUUUAAUCGUACACUAAUUAUAAGAGAAUGAUAAAU